GAAAAAAAAAGAAAAAAAAAAACUGAGGAGGGAGGGCAGAGUCUGGAUUUGGGAAGGCCUUUUUUUCCAGUCCUUCUUCUCUUUCAGUUUAUAGGUUCCCCACAAACACACCCACACGUGGACACGCAUACACACAAUAGCAGAUCCCAGUAGACAAAGUCAGGAUGUGACAUCAGUUACAGGAAGAGAAGCCAAACACAUUUUUUUUUCUUUUGUAACUGUGUUGUCUGUGCUGCUGAGUAAUUUUGGAGUCUCUCGGACUGCUGGUGAUCAGCACAGAGAAGAUUCAAAGGAACUAUAGGAGACAGAAGAGUUGGUCCUGACCUCUCCUGGGAGUUUAAUCCUCCCUGAACUCCUCACAACUUUCCACCACAUUCCAGCUCUCUGCUGUAGGAUUUCAAAUCAGGACUUUUAAGUGUCCAAUGGUGAAUUCCAUAAAGACCAGGAAAACAUGCAUGAAGAAUCUGCCAGUCAGAGUAUGUGAUCAGACAUGCUUCAGCCUGAGGCUACGUGCAGAGAUGCAACGAAAGGAAAACUCAAAUUGUUCUCUGACUAAAUUAAACAGUGAUAUUUCUUUCAGAGACAUCCCACCAGCAAAAGCAAGGACUCCCUGCAAUCUUUAAAUGACAGACACUGACCUCCUGUGACCUGCUUUCAGCCAGCCCGUUUCCCUCUCUUUAUCAUACUCAACCUAAUUUUUAUUCUGGAGAAGCUAUUUUCCCCUUAUCUUAGGGGAAACGACUGAGUCAAUGGCACUGUGUCUUGGCCAAGUAUUCAGCAAAGACAAAACAUUCAGGCCAAGGAAGCGGUUUGAGCCCGGCACGCAGCGCUUCGAACUCUACAAGAAGGCUCAGGCUUCUCUCAAGUCUGGCUUGGACCUGAGGAAAGUGGUUCAGCUGCCGGAGGGAGAAAACAUGAAUGACUGGGUAGCGGUUCAUGUGGUGGAUUUUUUCAAUAGGAUCAACCUAAUCUAUGGCACCGUGAGUGAGUACUGCACAGAGCGCACAUGUCCCAUCAUGUCCGGGGGACUCAGGUAUGAGUACAGAUGGCAGGAUGGUGAUGACUACAAAAAACCCACCAAGCUGCCAGCUCUCAAGUACAUGAAUCUGCUGAUGGACUGGAUAGAGUCGCUCAUCAAUAAUGAGGACAUCUUCCCCACCAGAGUAGGAGUCCCUUUUCCUAAGAAUUUCCAACAGGUGUGCAAGAAGAUCCUGAGUCGUCUCUUCAGGGUGUUUGUGCAUGUUUACAUCCAUCACUUUGACAGCAUCUGCAGUAUGGGUGCAGAGGCCCACAUCAAUACCUGUUACAAGCAUUACUACUACUUCAUUUCAGAGUUCAGCCUCAUCGAAAACUCUGAACUGGAGCCCCUGAAAGAAAUGACAGAGAAGAUAUGCAACUGAACAGAGCCAAGAGUUUCCAAGAUGUUGUUAUCUGAGACCAAUGAGAAAACAUCAGCUUCAAAACACUCCAGACAAACAAAAUAUACUCCAGGCAAACAGCUUUAUAUCUAUUUGUUUGGAUGGGUUCCUAUAUAUACCCAGAAGGACCAUCAAAUAACCACUCUUCUUCAGAUGGUGGCAUUGUACCUUUACGGAAGGUUUUACUUCACUCAUUAUGGUGCUGUGAUGUCUUUAUACAUCUUUGUGUUAGUUUAUGACACCAUCCUGCAUUUUCUGUACUUGUAUAUUGUCCUUUCCCUUGUGCAUGUGGCUUGGUUUGAUCUUAUAUGUGUUUUGACAUACAGUGCUUGAUUACUGUGUGUUAGUAUUUUAUGAGUUUUUCUUGUUUAAAUGCUUUUAAAUGGA